AUGCCGAGUCCACGAACCCCAAUUUUCCGGCAAGAAUACGACUGGAAUGCGGCGGAGAAAUCUUAUAUAAUCUCUAGCUUCUUUUGGGGCUAUCUCAUAACCCAAUUCAUGGGUGGUUAUUUGUGCAAAUUAUUUGGCGUCAAGAGGGUCAUGAUCUGGGCGACCUUCUGCUCGGGUGUUUGCAGUGCCGUGACACCCCCUUUAAUAAAUUGGAGUGGCUGGGGUGCCUACUGUGGCAUCCGUGUGAUUAUGGGCUGUGCCCAGGGUGUGAUCUUUCCCAGCAUGCAUCAGCACUUAGCACGCUGGUCUCCGCCCGAGGAACGCAAUCGUCUGGGUGCAUUGACUUAUACGGGAAUCGAGUUCGGAAAUGUAUUGUCCAUGUUUGGGAGUGGCAUGAUUGCCAGGAGUCCGAUGGGUUGGCCAGGAAUCUCGUAUAUCUCUGCUGCAGUUGUCUUUGCCUGCUGCAUCCUGUGGUUCAUUUUUGGAUCGAAUAACGCCACCGAAUCUCGUUUCAUAGGUGAAGCCGAAAGGAACUAUAUAGAAUCAUCUCUUCAACAUGGCGAAAACUAUUACAAGGCUAUUAUUCCCAUACCCUGGCGAGCUAUUUGGACCUCUGUUCCUUUCCUGGCCCUUCUCGCCACCCGAUGUGCUGCGAUUUAUGGCAUAAGUACUCUUCAGGCGGAGAUUCCUGCCUAUAUGAAUGGAGUUCUUCAAAUGGAUAUCAAGGAAAAUGCUCUGUUUUCGGCGCUGCCUUUUGUGGCCUCGUGGACUAUGGCCUAUAUUUUCCUGAUCGCCUCUGAUAUACUCCUUAAAAAGAAGUGGUUAUCCUUAACAGCAAUAAGAAAAACUUUUAAUUCUCUUGCAUUCUGGAUAUCGGCUGCCACACUUAUUGGCAUUGGCUUUCUGGAUAUGGAACAAAAGUCUUUAGCAAUUGUCUUGAUGACCCUUAGCGUGGGAAUUCACAGUGGUGCCACCAUUGGAAGCUCUAUCAACACCAUUGAUUUGUCAGCAAAUCAUGCUAGCAUCCUCAUGGGAAUUAUCCAGACUGCGUCCACUGGAAUGUCCAUUAUCACCCCUUUGAUAGCAGGUGCAAUUGUCACAAACAAAGGCGAUCGUUCACAAUGGCAAAUAGUUUUUAUAAUCACCGCCGUGAUAUUCAUUGUGUUCAAUUGUAUAUACGUGGCAUUCGGCAAGGCCGUGACGCAGCCCUGGGACGCUGAAGACUUCCUGCUGGAUUCACAGCCUAAGCUAGCAAGACCACCGUCAAAAACUACAAAGCUCGAGAAACUGGAAGAGAAUAAGGCGAUCAGCAAUAAUUCAUGAUAGCAUUUGGC